UAUAGCAAUGUUUAUAGUAAUAGAAUUAUUAUUAUAACGCGAUAAAUGAUAACGAAUUGUUGGACGUGAUCAUGUCAAUAAUUGUAAAAUUAAGAUAAAAACCAGUAGUUAUAAUUAAAAUUGUUAUGUUAAUUCGGUGUAAUUGAAAAAUCAAAAUGUCCGAUACAGAAGAUGUAUACAUGUGCGAAGAUGAUGAAGAUUAUGGUCUUGAAUAUUCAGAAGACAGUAAUUCUGAACCUGAUGUGGAUUUAGAAAACCAAUAUUACAAUUCAAAAUCACUAAAAGAAAAGGAUCCUAAUGCUUCUUUAUUGUCAUUUCAAAAAGUAUUAGAUCUUGAAGCUGGAGAAAAAGGAGAAUGGGGCUUUAAAGCUUUAAAACAAAUGAUUAAAAUCAAUUUCCGUCUUAACAACUUUGAUGAAAUGAUGAAUCGUUAUAAACAGUUGUUAACUUAUAUUAAAACUGCAGUUACUCGAAAUCAUAGUGAAAAGUCUAUAAAUUCUAUUUUGGAUUAUAUAUCUACUUCAAAGAAUAUGGAUUUGUUGCAAAAUUUCUAUGAAACAACAUUAGAUGCUUUGAAAGAUGCCAAGAAUGAUAGACUUUGGUUUAAAACUAACACAAAGUUGGGUAAAUUGUAUUUUGAUUUGGCCGAUUACAAUAAAUUGACAAAAAUUCUGAAACAAUUGCAUGCUUCUUGUCAAACUGAUAAUGGGGAAGAUGAUCUUAAAAAGGGUACUCAAUUGUUGGAAAUUUAUGCUCUGGAAAUACAAAUGUAUACAGCACAAAAGAACAACAAAAAAUUAAAAGAAUUGUAUGAACAAUCACUUCAUAUUAAAUCAGCUAUCCCACAUCCUCUAAUUAUGGGUGUUAUCCGAGAAUGUGGUGGUAAGAUGCACUUGGAAGAAGGUCAUUUUUCUAAAGCUCAUACUGAUUUUUUUGAAGCUUUUAAAAAUUAUGAUGAAUCUGGAAGUCCUCGGCGUACAACCUGUUUAAAAUACUUAGUUUUGGCAAAUAUGUUGAUGAAAUCUGGUAUUAAUCCAUUUGAUUCUCAAGAGGCUAAACCAUAUAAAAAUGAUCCAGAAAUAUUGGCUAUGACAAACUUAGUCCAAGCUUAUCAGAAUGAUGAUAUUAAUGAAUUUGAAACUAUUUUAAAAAAUCAUCGUAAAAACAUUAUGGAUGAUCCAUUCAUCAGAGAACAUAUUGAAGCUUUAUUAAGUAAUAUUCGAACUCAAGUAUUAAUAAAAUUAAUUAGACCAUAUACUCGGGUUCAUAUACCAUUCAUUGCCAAAGAGCUCAAUAUUGAAGAGAGUGAUGUAGAAAGUCUUUUGGUUACAUGCAUCUUAGACGAAACUAUUAAAGGCCGCAUUGAUCAAACAAAUCAAGUGUUGACUUUAACACUAGUUGAUUCAGCAACAAACCGUUAUUCAGCUAUUGAUAAAUGGACUAAUCAGUUAGCUACUCUCAAUUUAUCAAUUUCACAAAAAAUAUUUUAAAAAUAUUAAUGUGUACAAUUCUUUAUAUAUUAUGUAUUGUCAGA